AGUGCUUUCUGUUGAAGAAAAGCUUGCCCUUUGAUUUCUUUUUUAUUUGUUUUAUUCAACAACACCCAUUACAAAGUCUAUCUAAACGUCUCAACUGCUUUUUUAAGUAUAAACAUAAAACAAAACCCCGCUGUUCUGAUACUGAAAAUAUUAUCUUGCCAUCUUUUCCAUUCGCUUUGCCUUUGGCUCAUCUUGUGUUGCGGCCGUGUGCGUUCUGCCUGAGUUUAUUCUUGUUUGCUCUUUCUUUUUUCCUGUUUCAAAUUUGUGGCCUACGCUCGUCCAACAUUUGGCCCCAGUCUUCUAUAAUAAUAAUAAUAAUAAUAAUAAUAAUAAUAAUAAUAAGCUCUCUCUCUCACGCGGUGAAGACGGAGCUGCCAACGCUUCUCUUUUUAUUGUUCUUGUUCGUAUUUUUCUCUUUGCUCUUUUCUUUGUCAACUGUUCUGUUGUCAUUGGUAUCUUCUUUUUCCUUUUACAUAUUCAUACACACGCAAUAAAACCUAGCAAUAGAUAAACCGGUAGACGAGGUGAAUAUAACAAUAAUAAUUGUCUGUAAGGAGUGAGGCUAACAGGUGUUGCCUGGUCCUGUCACGCCCAGCUACUUUCUUCUUUGUAUUUCUCGCCGGCUACUCAUUUUCUCGCGUCUUUUUUGUUCUUAUUCGUUAGUGAACGCGAAUGCAGAAGCGCGUCUUUGCUUUUGUCGGCUUGCUGGCGCUUGGCACGACUUCGGUGGUCGUGCUGCUGCGCCACCGCCGGACGCAGCGCGAGCGCCGUGAGUUUGCGGAGCGCUACGCCAAGCAACUCCGCGCCGCUCGUGAAGUGCACAAGCAGUCGCUCCUCGGAUUCUCUGGAGAUAACGUCUCGCACCACUCCGUCGACGUCAGCGAGACCGAAAAAGACGAGAACGGCGCCGUUGUGCACGUGAUUUACGGCAGCGAGUCCGGCAAUGCAGAAGCGCUGGCGAAGGGGUUUGCCAUCUCACUGCGCGACCGUGGCGUGCAGACGGCCCUCGUUGACCCAAGUCGCUGGGCGUACCUCGAGGAAUAUCUGUACAGCAACAAAGAGAAUGUCCCGCUCUUCCACCCGAUCAAGGCCGCUGCGAACGGUGCCGCACGCGCACCGCUGGUGUACAUAUUUAUCGUCGCCACGGCUGGGGAAGGCGAACCGACGGGCAACUUUAUAUCUCUUUUUCAUGAGAUGCAACUGGCGGUGCAAAAAGCAACAACACCGACCGCCUCAUCGUCUGCAGUGGCUUCUGCGGCGGACACCCCCGCACCCACCGCCACCACACGGCCAGAGCUGCCGUUUAAAGAUAUCUACCACGCUGUGUUUGGUUUGGGGGACAGCUCCUACAAGUAUUACUGCCGCUGCGCCACGGACACCAACACACUGCUCAAGAAGGGUGGUGGCAUCAACCUGCACCGCGUCGGCUUUGGCGAUGCGCGGUCCGGUCUGCAAGAGGACGUGUUUGAUGAGUGGCAGGAGCAGGUGAUGAAGGCGCUGGAGGAGAAAUGCGGCCUGGUCCUGACGACUGGCACCCGCGCCCCACCAAAGCCGGAGUACGUAUUUCGUUAUUUGUACGCUGGCGCGACGGCCACACCGGAUGCUGCUGGCACCACCACCACUGAUGCAGCUCCGAGCAGCAGCGCCACCAAGGCGGACAUCAACACCACCAAGGAAAGCGGACGCAUCAUCGCUGAGCCAAGGGAGAACAGCAUCCAACCCAGCCCUGCCCGCCUGCCUUUUCCUCCGCCCCCUGCGCUGCUGGAGCCGUCACUGCUCAAUCCAGCACGCAUCCGUGUGCUCUCCAAGGUGCAGCUCACCCCGCCCCGCGACAGCGACGGCAGCUCCGUGUACCGAUUCUGCUUCGAGACAGCCGGCACGGGCAUCUCGUACCAGGCGGGCGACCACCUCAGCAUCUUCCCCACCAACCCUCCCGAGAUGGUCGCCCGCUGCGCCGCGGCACUCGCCAUCCCAGAAAGUGACCUUGGCGUGCCGGUGGAGCUGUGCAGGCUGGUGCCAUCGCGCGGCCUCCUGCACAACGUUCUUCCCGCCUGUGUGCCGCUGAGUGUUGUGCUGCAGUGCUACGUGGAUCUGUGCGGUCGGCCGAAAAAGUCGACACUGCGCGUUUUAGCGAAGUACUGCACUGCCCCUGCAGAGCAGGAGGAGUUCUUUCGCUUAAUUAGUCUGCCCGCUGGCCACCAGGGCGAGGAGGCCGCCAAGUCGCGGAAGCUGCGCACCGUCGUCGACUACUUGGAGAAGUUCCCGAGCUGCUGCUGUAUUCCACUGGGACACCUUAUCGAGGUCAUGCCACGCAUCCAGCCCCGCUUCUACUCCAUCGCCUCCGAUCGGCUUUCCCACGGCACCCAGGUGGAGAUCAUGGUGCGCGUGCUGACCGACGGGCUCGCCAGCUCCUACCUGGGUCAUCGCGUUCACGAAGGCGACGAGGUGUUCAGCUACGUGCGCAUCUCGUCCUUCCACCUCCCGCAGCGCAUCAGCGAGGGCCGGCCGCUGCUCAUGAUCGGUCCCGGCACCGGCGCCGCGGCGAUGAUGGGUCUGUGCUACAAGAAGGAGGCCCUGAUGCGCAAGCAGCCCACGGCGCAGUACGGACCGACCAUGUUCCUCUUCGGCGCACAGCACCGCGCCACGGAGUACUUUGUGGAGGACGAGGUGCGGCGGUGGUCCAUGACCCCCGAGGAGAUGCGGACGUGGGACGCGGCAAACCAGGGUUCUCACGCUGGCGUGGCAGCACACCGGUCCAAGGCGCAACCACCAGCACUGCUGCCCACCUCCGUCAUCACGCACCACGACAGUGCCUUUAGUCGCGAUCAGGAGAAGAAGAUUUACGUGACGGACUUGAUUGAGAAGCACAAAGACCAGAUUUACGACAUGCUCACGAGUACGUGCGGUGGCGGUUGUCUCGUCUACCUUUCUGGCGACGCGUCGUUCAUGGCCAAAGACGUCGACCGUGCGCUGUCGGCGUUGUUGCAGAACAAAGGCGGAAUGACUCGCAUUGUCUCACUGGAGUUUCUGCGCCGCAUGGAGGCCGACCAUCGCUACCUCAAAGAUGUGUAUUAG